AUGGUCACCGCUUGGGACCCCAGCGUCCUGAGUCUGUCCGCGUCCUCGGCCUCCCGUUACACGCUUACUGCCUCCCUUUCUUCCACGCGGUGCGCUCUCUCCUUCCGGUUCACUAACGUUUACGCUCCCUCCGAUCAUGCUUUCACGGCGGACUUUGUCGAGGACCUCAUGUCGGUCGCGGCGGGCAUCACCGGCCCCUGGCUGGUGCUUGGGGAUUUCAAUCUCAUCCGCUUCCCUCACGAGAAGAAUAACAACCGCUUUGAUGCAUCUCGUGCGGCUGUGUUCAACUCCCUCGUUAACUCUCUUGCUCUGCACGAGCUCGCCCUGUUGGAUAGGCUGUUUACUUGGACGAACAGGCGGGAUCCCCCCACCCUAGCUCGUCUGGAUCACGUCUUCUUUGACCACGCUUGGGACGUCGCCUUCCCGGACUCGUGUCUGUCGUCUCGCCGUCGUCCUACCUCGGAUCAUGUGCCCCUAGUGGUGGAGGCAGCGACGCGGAUUCCUUCCUCCUCUCGGUUUUUCUUUGAGAACUCUUGGCUCCGCGACCCACAGUUUCUCCCCUCUACCCUCCCGUCCUGGUCGAACACGGGGGCCGGUCGGUGCGCAGUGGGCUGCCUGGCAGCUCGCAAGAAAAGGUUCAGGGCUGCGGCCAAGGUUUGGAAAAGGCUCCACAAAUUCAUUCCUGCUUUCGAUAAUAAUUGCAGAUUUGUGAUUGACCUGCUUGACUUUUGGGAGGAGUGCCGCCCCCUGUCCUCUGAUGAACACCAGCUCCGGAAGGACGCGCGCAUGGCUUUGGCGGCUUCGAUCCGGCGGCAGAGCGCGUACUGGAAGCAGCGCGGGAAGUGUCGGGCUGUCUGCGAGGGGGACGAGAACACCGGCUUCUUCCAUGCGAGCGCCUCCCACCGCCGCCGCGCCAACACGAUCCGUGUGCUCGACGUCGACGGCGCAAUGGUGUUGGACCAUGCUGGAAAGGCGGGGGCCCUGCUCACGUUCUACUCCGAGUUGUUGGGCAGGGCUCGGCCCGCCGUGUGGCGCUUCGACUUGGAGGCUCUCUACCGCCACGCGCCGAGGGUGGAUGCGGCGGCCCUGGUCGCGCCGUUCUCGCCCAGCGAGAUUAAGGAGGCGGUGAACCUCCUCGACCGGACUAGCGCGCCCGGACCGGACGGCCUUGGCCCCGCGUUCUACCAGGCCGCUUGGAGUGCGGUCGCGGGCGACCUACAGCGGCUCUUCGACGCGGUCCAUGACAGCACCGCGGACCUCGACGCCAUCAACCGUGCGUACAUUGACCUGCUGCCCAAGGGUGUGGGCGUGCCGACGCCGGGCGCUUUCCGCCCUAAGCAGAUCGGGGGCAUCAUCGACGUCGACCAGUCUGGGUUCUUGGCAGGGAGGAGCAUCUCCGAGAACUUCGUGUAUGCCGCCGAGGUGAUCCAGUGCUGCCACAAACGGGGGGCGCCUGCCCUCGUGUUCAAGCUGGACUUCGCCAAGGCAUUCGACUCGGUCAACUGGGGGGCGCUGCGCCGGAUCCUCAUGGCGCGCGGCUUUCCCCGGCGGUGGUGCGACUGGAUGGACCUGAUCUUCGAGUCCUCGCGGUCGGCGGUGCUGCUGAACGGCGUGCCCGGGCGGUGGUUCACGGUGCGCCGGGGGCUGCGGCAAGAUGAUCAGUCAAGAUGGGGCCAUGUUCCACCCUCUCGUCGAUGGCAAGCCCCCCUGGUGCUGCAAUAUGCCGAUGAUACGCUUGUCAUCCUCCGCGCGGACUCCGGCGCCGCGGCCCGCCUCCGCCGUAUCCUCGACGACUUUGCGGCGGCGACGGGGCUGGACAUCAACUUCGACAAAAGUACUCUGGUCCCCAUGCACGUGCCCGAGGAGGUGUUGGUGGAGACCGUUGGUGCCCUUGGCUACGCCGUCCAAGGGUUUCCGCAAGCCUACCUGGGGCUCCCGUUGUCGUGGGAAAAGCUCUGCUUCGCCGACUUCCUACCCAUGAUCGCGAAGGUUGACAGGUACCUGGCUGGAUGGAGAGCCCGUCUUCUCUCCCCGGCCGGGCGUUUGGUCCUGAUCAACGCUGUCCUCGACGCCCUUCCCAUUUAUGCCAUGGCGGCGAUGUUGCUCCCGCCGGCAGUGAUCAAGGAGCUCGACUCGCUCCGUCGGGCCUUCCUCUGGAAUGCGGCCGAGCGCGCCUCCGGAGCCCAAUGCCUGGUGGCUUGGGAGCGCGUUUGCAGGACCAAGGCGGAAGGCGGGCUGGGCGUCCGUGACCUCGCUACACAGAAUCGCUGCCUGCUGCUCAAGAUGCUGCACCGGCUCCACGCAACCUCCUCGUCUUCGAGAUGGCCCAUGUGGGUGUGGGCGGAGCUCGACGGUCGCUCCCUUCUCUCGCCAACAGCCAGCAGGAGCGCAGGGGAGCACGGCAAGGCGCUGGCACGGCUGCUCCCGCUGUACCGCGGGAUCACCAGGGUGACGGUGAGCGAUGGGAGGCGGACGUCCUUCUGGCUCGACUCCUGGCUCCCGUGUGGGCCUCUCGCGGUCGCUCUCCCGGUGUUGCACUCGCACACGACGAUGAAGGAGGCCACGGUGUGGCGGGUGCGCGUGCGCGCGGCCUGGACAGUGUGCUGGUGCCCAGGCUUACCUCUGCCGGCGCCGUGGAGCGGGCUACCCUUUUGGCCCUGA